UUAAAUUUUGAGAAGUGAGGAAAGUGUCUUAUUGUUGAAAAUUUGCACCCCUACAGUGUCUCGAAAAAAUUAUUAAUAAUUUGUUAUUUGUUAUAAUGUGAACCUACUGCCUGCUUUUCUAUGUGAUAUUUAUCCUAUGCGUCCUGUUUUCCCAUAAUCCUUCUCUUGGGUUCACCCGAGGUAGUGUUGUUCUCUUGUGCUCUCUGCACUGCUGCCCCUCCCACUUCCUCCCACUCUCACAGACUUAGGAAGCCACUCCCACCCCUCAGUGCUCAGCCCUUUCCAGAGAAACGAAACUCAGUUCUGCCUCUAACUUGACUGUCAGGAAGAGAUCACAACAGUAACAGGAACAGAGAGAGAAAGAGGAAAAUACACAGAGACAGACAGAGAGUAACGCAAAAUGGCAGAGGCCAGUGUUUUAUGGGGUCAGGACCAGUUUAGCUGUCCAAUCUGUCUUGAUCUACUGAAGGAUCCUGUGACUAUUAACUGUGGACACAGUUUCUGUAUGGAUUGUAUCAAGGGCUGCUGGGAUCAGGAAUAUCUGAAGGGAGUCCACAGCUGCCCACAGUGCAGACAGACCUUCACUCCAAGGCCAGUUCUGGGCAGAAACACCAUGCUGGCUGAAGUGGUGGAGAAGCUGACGAUUAUGGGACUCCAGGAUGCUCCACCCGCUCACUGUUAUGCUGGACCUAGAGAUGUGGAGUGUGACGUCUGCAUCGGGAGAAAACGAAAGGCAAUCAAGUCCUGUCUAGUGUGUUUGGCCUCUUACUGUGAAACUCACUUCAGAGUUCAUAAUGAUCUCAACCCAGGGAAGAAACACAAAGUGAUUGAAGCGGCUGGUAAACUAGAAGAUCUGAUCUGUUCUCAUCAUGAUAAACUACUAGAGGUCUUCUGUCGCACUGAUCAGAGAUGCAUAUGUAUGCUGUGUGUCAUUGAUGAACAUAAUGGACAUAAAACAGUCUCAGUCGCAGCAGAGAGAACUGAGAAACAGAAACUGUUAGGUGAUACUCAGAAAAAAUCCCAACGGAUAAUCCAGGAAAAAGAGACUGAACUGCAGGACCUGAGACAGGCUGUGAAAACUCUUCAGAGUUCUGCACAGGCAGCAGUGGAGGACAGUGACAGGAUCUUUACUGAAAUGAUCCGCUCCAUUGAGAGAAGACUCUCUGAGGUGACAGAACUGAUCAGAGACCAGGAGAGGGCUGAGAUGAGUCGAGCUGAAGAACUCAUGGAGAAACUGGAGAAGGAGAUUGCUGACGUGAAGAAGAGAGAUGCUGAGCUGGAGCAGCUUUCACACACUGACAACCACAUUUGUUUCCUUCAGAGUUUCCAGUCUCUCUGUUCCUCAUCUGCAACUGACAACUCAUCCAGACACACGGUCCACACUGAUCUGUCUUUUGAUGAAGUAAAAGAAAGACUUUCUCAGCUCAGAGAGAAACUAGAGGAUGCACUCCAGCAGGGACUAAAGGACAUUUCUAAAACUGCAGAGCUUGUUAGCUUUCUAUCACUGCCUGAGCCCACGACCAGAGAGGAUUUCCUGGCGUAUGCUUGCCAGCUAACCCUGGAUCCCAACACUGCUCAUAAUGACCUCACACUGUCUGAGGGAAACAGAGUUGUAGAAAGGUGCCCUAAUGUGAAACAUUCAUAUCCUGACCAUCCAGACAGAUUUAAUUCAGUGGGUCAGGUGCUGUGUAGAGAAGCUGUAUCUAAACACUGCUACUGGGAGGUUGAGUGGUCAGGACCAAAUGUUUACAUUGCUGUAUCAUACAAAGGGCUCACAAGGAAAGGAGGGGCUAAAGAUUGUCUACUAGGAUACAAUAACAAGUCUUGGAGUUUGGACUGCUCUUCAUCUGGCUACACAUUCAUACAUGAUAAUAAUAAAAUGUCACUCCCUCAUAAGCCCACCUCCACCUCUAGAAUAGGAGUGUAUGUUGAUCACAAGACAGGAACUCUGUCUUUCUACAGUGUCUCUGAUACAAUGACUCUUCUGCACAAAAUACGCACCACAUUCACUGAGCCACUGUAUCCUGCCUUUUGGCUCAGAACUGGCGGCAAAAUCAAAUUGUGUCAGUGACCACAUACCAGCAGAAUCAAAACAUUAAUUUCAAUUCAAUUUGAAUGGAUAGAAGUCCCUGACACAAAGUUUCUAUCUUCAUUCAGCCCUUCUAGACUAGCUUUUGGGUUGCAUUUGAGUUACUAAAUUGUACAGAAGAAUGAACAGUGAUUGUGCAUGAACAUCACUUGCUUUAAUGUCGUGAGGACAGGACAAUUUGUGCCGUUAUCUACACAGAAGGUUUAUUACCGCAUAAACUUACUUCAUGUGGUAACAUAAUGUGGUAGAUGCACAUGGUCAAAUGAUGAUGGAAGAUAAAUAAAGCACGAGCUUACUUUUCAUCUGCAUGACUAGAACUAAAAUAUUAAUUUGACCUCAUAAGUGUUUGUAGGAGGGUUGUCGCUUCUAUUUGGCCGAGUUCCUGUAAUAUUCAAAAAACAAUAUUUCAGUUAGGAAUAAAUAAAUGUUGAUAGCCCAAAUAUAUUUUUAAUUAAUUUAACAAUGUAUUCUCUCCAUACACCAUAUUAUCACCUUUUUUCUCCCACACACUUUCUCUGUCUCUCUCCAACACUCUAGUGACACUCUCAUUGCACAUAUGCUCACACAUCCACUUCUCUCCCCUAGAAUUUUCUCUUUUUUUGAUGACUAAUGUUCUUCAUUAAUGUUUGUAUUAUUUGCAAUAAACUAAAAUCUUUCAAAUA